AUCACAUGUCUGGAGAAUAUUUUUAAACAAACAUGAAAUUUGUGAAUUUUACGGAUUCGUCAACAUAUAUUUCAUAAACGUUUAUACAGAGAAUGGCAUCAGAGAUUAAAGUAACACCUUUAGGAGCAGGGCAGGAUGUUGGAAGAAGUUGUAUUUUACUCACUAUUGGUGGGAAGAACAUUAUGUUGGAUUGUGGGAUGCACAUGGGCUAUAAUGAUGAACGGCGAUUUCCAGAUUUUACCUAUAUCACCAAUGAAGAGAAUGACAGAUUGACAGAUCAUUUAGACUGUGUCAUCAUUAGUCAUUUUCAUCUUGACCACUGUGGUGCCUUGCCUUACAUGUCUGAGAUGGUCGGUUAUGAUGGACCUAUAUACAUGACUCAUCCAACAAAGGCCAUCUGUCCUAUACUUCUAGAAGACUACAGAAAAAUCACAGUCGAACGAAAGGGAGAAGAAAAUUUCUUCACAUCUGAAAUGAUUAAAAACUGCAUGAAAAAAGUUAUAGCUGUUAAUCUGCAUGAAACUAAACAGGUUGAUGAGGAGCUAGAAAUCAAGGCUUACUAUGCAGGUCAUGUCCUUGGUGCAGCAAUGUUCCACAUUAAAGUAGGACAGCAGUCAGUUGUAUAUACGGGAGACUAUAAUAUGACCCCGGACAGGCAUCUAGGGGCAGCAUGGAUUGACAAAUGUCGCCCUGACCUACUUAUUACUGAAUCGACUUAUGCCACAACAAUACGAGAUUCCAAGCGCUGCAGGGAAAGAGAUUUCCUGAAAAAAGUUCAUGACUGCGUGGAGAAGGGUGGAAAGGUACUGAUUCCAGUGUUUGCCCUGGGCAGAGCACAAGAACUGUGUAUUUUAUUGGAGAGUUACUGGGAAAGAAUGAACAUAAAAGUGCCUAUUUACUUCUCACUAGGUCUCACAGAAAAGGCCAACCACUACUACAAGAUGUUUAUUACAUGGACAAGUCAGAAAAUUAAGAAAACUUUUGUUCAACGGAAUAUGUUUGAGUUUAAACACAUCAAGCCUUUUGACAGAGCUUACAUUGACAACCCUGGUCCGAUGGUGGUGUUUGCUACACCUGGAAUGUUACAUGCUGGGUUGUCUCUUCAGAUCUUCAAAAAGUGGGCACCUCAUGAUGUCAACAUGGUGAUAAUGCCUGGAUAUUGUGUAGCUGGUACUGUUGGUCACAAAAUUCUCAAUGGAGCUCGUAAAUUAGAGUUAGAGAACAAACAAAUGUUGGAGGUGAAGCUGUCUGUACAGUAUAUGUCCUUCAGUGCUCAUGCCGAUGCCAAGGGAAUCAUGCAGCUUAUCUCACAGUGUGAACCCAGAAAUGUCAUGCUUGUCCAUGGGGAGGCUGCAAAGAUGGACUUCUUAAAGAACAAAAUCCAGCAGGAAUUCGGUAUUGAUUGCUUCAAACCAGCUAAUGGGGAGACUGUCACCAUAGAAACGAUGCAUAAUAUUCAUGUGGAUAUUCCCCUUUCUUUAUUAAAGAGGGAAGCAUCAAAAACAGGAUUACUUCCCCCUGAUGCUAAAAGACCCAGGGUUUUACAUGGAGCUUUAGUCAUGAGGGGAAAUAGGCUGCAGAUCAUCGACCCCAGUCAGGCACUGAAGGAGAUGGGGGUGGAGGAGCACCACCUUCGGUUUACCUCCACCAUUUCUAUAGAGGAAGAAGGACCCUCCAACAAAGCUGCAGAGAAAAUCUAUCAACUAGUAAAGAGAAAACUGAAGGAUUUUUCCAUUCACUAUUCAUCGGACGGUUCUAUAUCCAUAUCAGACUCCGUCCUUAUCCAGGUAUCUGGAGAUGAAGAUGAAGCCAAGUCUGUCCUUGUAUCCUGGUCUCAUCAGGAUGAAGAUAUUGGAAGUUUUCUUCUUCAGUUAUUGAGAGAGGAUCCUUCAUUGGUUCAGGCAGUAUGAGUGAUAUCUUUUUCUAGCUGAUGUUGUAUAGGGUUUAAUCUUUGCUUGAACUCAGAUGAGCAGUCAAUUUUGAGGUGACUUUGUGACUGUUGAUUGUUAAAGGAUACUAUAUGAAUAAGCAUAACAUUGAAA